AUGGACGAAAAAAACAGCAGAAAGUUUUCAUUGAAUUAUCAUUAUAAAAAUCACUUCCACUUUCGGUUUCUUAUUGUUUAUAUAAGUUUUGUUUCUUCGUUCAGAUAAAGCCACUCUCCCUUCAAGAAAUAACCCACAUUUUCGCUUUCUCUCCGAAAUGGAAAAUCGAUUCAAGAUAAGAAUCUCUCGCAUGUUUCGAUCCUCGUUUGGAUCCUGCCGAACCCGGAACGUCUCGGACGUUAUUGAAAAAGCUGUUUUCUCACCACAGAACCACAGCAAAUUCCACUUGGUCGAGCCAUUGUCGCCGUCUAAGCCUCGAUCCUUCCCUUCCAUUUGUAAACCCAGAUGCCCUGAAUCGACCCAAGGCGCCAUCAAUCAUGAUUGUAUCACGAUUACACCUAGAGAGACUCUGCCAAGGCGUAAAGUGACUGCUCGUUACCCUCCUUUCCUUGUCUCGGCGGCUGCUUUUGAUGGCCGCAAGUGCCCUCCUGCUUCCCCUAUAUCGCCUUUGAACCUCUUCUCCGACUGUAAAGACUUUGGUUUCUAUGAGAAAAAGAAGAGCUUGGCUAAACACGAGAAGAAGAAAAAGAAGAAUAACAAAAGGGUUCAUGUUAAAAGCAAGAAUAUGUCUUCUACUACCACUUUUUUCAGCUCAUCUUCUCAAGAAAGUGCUACUAAUAAGACUUAUGGUUGGUGGUGGUUUAGCAGUGAAGAUGAAACAGAGACUCUUUUCUCUUCAAGGACUCUCUCGUCGGAUUCACCCGAGUCUUUCCGGCAACAUUCUAAUUACCGGAAAAGGUGCACCAAUCGUCGAAGAAGAGUUAAAAACAGGAGCCGUGACAUGGGGGUUUUACCUAUCGAAGGAACCAAUAAAGUGAAAGACUGCUUUGCUGUAGUGAAAAGUUCUAGUGAUCCCCACAAUGAUUUCAGGACAUCAAUGGUGGAGAUGAUUGUUGAGAGACAUAUAUUUGCAGCUAAGGAUCUCAAGCAACUGUUGCAGUGUUUCCUGUCACUGAACUCUCAUCACCAUCAUAGGAUAAUUAUAGAGGUUUUUACAGAGAUUUUUGAGACCUUGUUCUCGAACUGGUCAUGAAAUGUAGAAGCAGAAGAAGAAGAAGAAAACUGUUGAACUUUUACUUGUUCUCUCUGUUUAUUUCACUGCAUGUUCUUAAGAAAGGUAGUUUAAUUAGAUUUUAAAGUUCUAAAUCUGAAUUAACGUUGUUAAUGGGAUAAGCUUUCCAUAUUAUCCAAACAUUUUG